ACACUCUACAAGAUGGGUUUUCCCGAAGCCGCCAGUUCUUUUAGAACCCAUCAGAUUGAAGCUGCUCCAACCAGUUCUGCAAGUGAUGGAUUUAAGGCAAAUCUUGUGUUUAAGGAGAUUGAGAAGAAACUUGAAGAGGAAAGGGAACAGUUUGUGAAAAAAAUAGGUGGUAUUUUUGCCUUCAAGGUGAAAGAUGGCCCUGGGGGUAAAGAGGCCAUCUUAAUGGUGGAUGUGAAGAAUGACAAAGGAUCAGUGCUUCCCAACUCAGAUAAAAAGGCUGACUGCACAAUCACAAUGGCUGAUUCAGACUUACUGGCUUUAAUGACUGGUAGAAUGAAUCAUCAGUCGGCCUUCCUUCAAGGCAAAUUGAAAAUCACUGGCAACAUGGGUCUGGCUAUGAAGUUACAAAAUCUUCAGCUUCAACCAGGCAAAGCUAAGCUGUGAAGAAUUC